UACACCUACUUCUACCACAGGCUCUGCUACUCCUACCACCACCACGAGCGCGCCUACUUCUACCACAGACCCUGCUACUCCUACCACCACCACGAGUGCGCCUACUUCUACCACCGAAACUGCUACUCCUACCACCGAAACGAGUACACCUACUUCUACCACAGGCUCUGCUACUCCUACCACCACCACGAACUCUGCUACUCCUACCACCACCAUGAGCGUGCCUACUUCUACCACAGACACUGCUACUCCUACCACCGAAACGAAAACACCUACUUCUACCACAGACUCUGCUACUCCUACCACCACCACGAGCGUGCCUACUUCUACCACAGACACUGCUACUCCUACCACCGAAACGAGUACACCUACUUCUACCACAGACUCUGCUAUUCCUACCACCACCAUGAGCGCGCCUACUUCUACCACAGACACUGCUACUCCUACCACCGAAAGGAGUACACCUACUUCUACCGCAGGCUCUGCUACUCCUACCACCACCACGAGCGCGCCUACUUCUACCACAGACUCUGCUACUCCUACCACCACCACGAGUUCGCCUACUUCUACCACCGACACUGCUACUACCACCACCGAAACGAGUACACCUACUUCUACCACAGACUCUGCUACUCCUACCACCACCACGAGCGCGCCUACUUCUACCACAGACACUGCUACUCCUACCACCGAAACGAGUACACCUACUUCUACCACAGACUCUGCUACUCCUACCACCACCACGAGCGCGCCUACUUCUACCACAGACACUGCUACUCCUACCACCGAAACGAGUACACCUACUUCUACCACAGACUCUGCUACUCCUACCACCACCACGAGCGCGCCUACUUCUACCACAGACACUGCUACUCCUACCACCGAAACGAACACUGGUACUACUACCACCGAAACGAGUACACCUACUUCUACCACGAACUCUGCUACUCCUACCACCACCAUGAGCGCGCCUACUUCUACCACAGACACUG